CCAGUAGUUAAAGCAAUGAGGGAGUCACAGCAUCAUAUCUUUCUCCUUGCUGCAAAACACAAAAAAGAAGACAUGGCUCAUCUUCAAGAAUUGGAAGCUCUCACCAAAGCUCUCUCAGGACUUGGAAUUGAUGAGAAGUCAUUAAUAUCAAUUCUGGGAAAAUCAGAUCCUGCGCGUAGGACAACAUUCAGACAGAGAAGUACUCACUUCUUCAUUGAAGAUGAACGUUCUUUUGAACGCUGGGAUGAUCACCGUAUCAAUCUCCUCAGGCUUGAGUUUGUUCGAUUUGAGAAUGCUCUGGUGCUCUGGGCCAUGCAUCCUUGGGAAAGAGAUGCUCGUUUGGUGCAUGAGGCCUUGACUCUUGUUCCACAAUCUUAUCGUGUGAUUUUGGAGAUUGCAUGCACCAGAUCAUCAGAAGAGCUAUUGGGAGCAAGGAAAGCCUACCAUUCCCUCUAUGACCACUCCAUUGAAGAAGAUGUUGCCAUCCAUGUCACUGGCAGUGAGCGUAAGCUCCUGGUAGCGCUAGUGAGUGCCUAUAGGUAUGAAGGGCCAAAGGUUAGUGAAGACGCUGCAAAAUCUGAAGCAAAACUGAUCGCUAAAGCUAUUAAGAAUGGUGAUAAGAAGAAUCCCAUUGACGAUGAUGAGGUGAUAAGGAUACUAACAACAAGAAGCAAACCCCAUCUCAAGGCUAUUUACAAACACUACAAAGAAGUUUCUGGCAAAAACAUCAAUGAGGAUAUUGAAGCCGCUGACUUUAUCUUAAAGGAGACGGCUGAAUGCUUAUGUAACCCUCACGCAUAUUUCAGCAAGGUAGUAGAUGAGGCAAUAAGAAAUGAUGCAGAUCACAACACCAAAAAGGCAUUGACAAGAGUAAUUGUAACCAGAGCAGAUGUGGAUUUGAAGGAGAUUAAAGAAGAGUACAAUAGCUUAUAUGGUGUUCCCCUAACCCAGAAAAUUGACGACAAUGCUAAUGGGAACUAUAAGGAUUUGUUGCUUGCCUUGAUGACAAGGGACUAAUUGAAGGAGGACAGACUGAAAUAAGAGGAAUUUGGUGAAAUGAUUGAAUUAGAGCACGAAUGAAAUUGUUUUUUUUUUUUCAGUCCUUGGUUUAUGAAAUGUUAUCUUGUGUACGUAUGAGUUGUGUUCAAAAAGAAGCCUGAAUAAAUUAAAAUUCUUCUUUCUGCUCUUAAA